AUGUACGAGUUGGAAACGGAGACAGAAGAGAGUACAGGGGAUUUUGGACGCUGGAGCUGGAGAAAAGAAGAGUACAACACGGAUAUACAGGGGUUUUUGACCUCAGAUUCUAGCUUAGCUGUUUUCUCCUUCUCUCUGGAACUCAAGGUUGAAUUGGCAAAGAAAUUCGUCAACUCUAGUGGAGUGACAGCUGACAAUUUACUCGGUAAAAUCAAGGAAAACAUCGCAGAGAUAAGGAAGAGCUUCGGUGAGGGGGUAAUUGAUCCGAAGCGAUAUGAUGACGAUUCCUUAGCCAGGUUAUUGUUCUUGGAUGGCUGUGCAGUAGUAGAGUUCAUACACAGUUAUGUUUUGGGUGAUUUAGAAAUGUUUAACAUCAAUACCACUCAAGCAGCCUUUAUCCAACAGGAUUUGUUUUUGUUAGAAAACCAAAUCCCCUUUGAAGUCCUUAAGUUGUUGAUGCAAAAGAUCAAUCAUGCAAUGAAAAAAGAAUUUUUUCGUAGAGCCUUUCUCAGAUUCAUCCUUGGAACCAAUGUUUGCGCUCCAACUGAUGAGUACGAUUAUGUCACCGAUAUCACAAACCUGAUUGGAGACUUAGAUAGCAUAAAGUCGGUUCACCUUCUCGACCUUCUUCGGACGUUAUCCAUAUCUGGCAGAAUCAAUGAGGUUGAAGAUAAGUUACACGACGAAGAGAUAGACGCUAUCCAUGUAAAAGAAGAGUUUGAUGCGCAGCUCGAUAAAGAACACCCAACUCCUAUCGACAACUUUAAAUUUGCAGUACAUAUAGUGACUGGAGGUAAAAAAGAUGACGAACAAUCUUUUCGCAAUGUCCAGGAACUUAAAUCAUCUGGAAUAAACAUGAGGCCGAGCAAUUCACGCAACUUGAAAUCUGUCUCUUUUGGCACUCAUUGCUUUGGUUUUCGAGGUCACCUUAAACUUCCAACAUUGGCGGUAAAUGACUCAACGGUGUGUAAGUUGUUGAACCUGGUAGCCUAUGAAAUGUGUCUAGACGAUCCUAGGAAGCAUAGGGUAACUUCUUACUUAGACUUUAUGGAUUUACUCAUUGACACCGAACAAGAUGCGAAAGACCUAAGGGCAGCACACAUACUCCGGAAUCGUCUCAGUACCGACGCAGAAGUGGCUCAAAUAUUCAAUAUGAUAGGUUCAAGUUACUUUUCAAAGACACCUGAUUACUAUGUGGAUGUCAAGAAUAAAAUUGAAGAGCAUUAUAAGAGAAAGUGUGCAGUCUGGAUGGCUCAAGUGUACAACGACCAUUUUGGUAAUCCCUGGACCAUCGUGGCUCUUUUAGCUGCCGCAAUAGCUCUUAUAUUAACAUUCGUUCAGACUUGGUAUGCCAUCUAUCCCAAUUAA